GGUGAAAUUGAAGUGUUCAGACCUCACGAUACGUGGCCGGCACUUCGACAUUAAUAUAUGCCAACAGCCGAGCUCACGGAGAGAUUCGACUUCAAAAUAUCGACGCGACUUAUCCAGGAGCUGUUGCUCACUAUCGACGACGCAGUGACGACUUCGAGCGGCCGACUGCCAAUUGCUCCGCGUGGCCCCCUUUUGCGAGUCUCGUCGAUCGUUCGUGUUCACCACCCCGCCAAACCUCCGGGCUCAACGCUUGUGCACCAACAAUUCUUCUGGGGUUGUGAUUCGCCUUGUUGCCCAACAUGAGGCUGGAUGUGAAGCGCCAGCUCUUUGCUCGCUCCGAGCGAGUUAAAGGGAUUGACUUCCACCCGACGGAACCAUGGAUCUUGACCACUCUCUACAGCGGUCAUGUGUAUAUCUGGUCUUACGAAACCCAGCAGGUCGUCAAGACCUUCGAGCUCACAGAUGUCCCGGUCCGUGCCGGUCGCUUCAUUGCGCGCAAGAACUGGAUUGUCUGCGGGUCGGAUGAUUUCCAAAUCCGAGUUUACAACUACAACACGAGCGAGAAGAUCACGUCUUUUGAGGCGCAUCCCGACUACAUCCGCGCGAUCGCCGUCCACCCAACACAGCCCUUCGUGCUCACGGCUAGUGAUGAUAUGACCAUCAAGCUCUGGGAUUGGGAUAAGGGGUGGAAGAACGUCAGGGUAUUUGAGGGCAACUCGCACUAUGUCAUGUCCCUGGCGAUCAACCCUAAGGACACAAAUACCUUUGCCUCGGCCUGCCUGGACAGGACAGUCAAAAUCUGGAGCUUGGGGUCGUCCACACCUAACUUCCAGUUGGAAGCGCACGAGACCAAGGGCGUCAACCAUGUGGAUUACUACCCUCAUAGCGACAAGCCUUACCUCCUUACCACUUCAGACGACCGCACGGUGAAAGUGUGGGACUACACAACCAAGAGCUUAAUCGCCACGCUGGAAGGCCAUACCAACAAUGUCUCUUUCGCGUGCUAUCACCCCGAGCUUCCGAUCAUCAUUUCAGGCUCCGAAGAUGGCACCGUGAGGAUAUGGAACGCCAACACAUACCGCUUUGAGCAAUCUCUCAACUAUGGGCUGGAAAGAGCGUGGUGUGUGGCUUACCAGAAGGGGAAGCAGGGCAUCGCGGUGGGCUUUGACGACGGCUCGGUGGUGAUCAAGUUGGGUCGCGAGGAGCCUGCCGUCUCCAUGGACGGCUCGGGCAAAAUCAUCUGGGCCCGCCAUAACGAGGUUGUAUCCGCUGUGAUCAAGGGCGGCGAGGCCACGAAGGAUAAUGAGCCGAUCACUCUGACCACAAAGGAGCUAGGCACCGCCGAGGUUUAUCCCCAGUCGCUCAUUCACUCUCCCAAUGGACGGUUCGCUGCCAUUUGCGGUGACGGUGAGUACAUCAUCUACACCGCACUCGCGUGGCGUAACAAAGCCUUCGGCCAGGCCCUGGACUUCGUAUGGGCUUCCAAAGAAAACUCAAACGACUUUGCUAUUCGGGAGUCGGCAACCAGCAUCAAGGUCUUCAAGAAUUUCCAGGAAAAGAAAGGAGGUCUUGAUGUUCCGUUCGCUGCAGAUGGUCUCACCGGCGGCGUGCUUCUCGGCGUCAAGGGCCAGGGAGGCAUCUCAUUCUACGACUGGGCAACAGGGGGUCUGGUCCGUCGCAUUGAAGUAGAGCCCAAGCAGGUGUACUGGAGCGAAAGCGGUGAGCUGGUUGCGCUUGCUUGCGAGGAUACGUGCUACGUCCUCCGCUUCUCGAGGGAAGCAUACAAUGAGGCGGUUCAGGCCGGCCUAGUUGAGGACGACGGCGUUGAGGCCGCGUUUGACGUUGUUACCGAUAUCAAUGAGGGCAUCCGCUCCGCAGAAUGGCUCGGUGACGUCCUGAUCUACACUAACGGAACCAACCGCCUCAACUAUCUUGUUGGGGAUCAGACGUACACAGUGGCCCACUUUGACAAGCCGAUGUACAUCCUCGGCUAUCUCCAGCGCGACAGCCGAGUCUACCUUACUGACAAGGAUCUCUCCGUCACCUCAUUCGCUCUCUCGCUCCCGGUCUUGGAGUACCAGACAUUAGUCCUCCGCGAGGACAUGGAAACAGCCGCCGAACUGUUGGCCAGCAUUCCGCAAGACCAGCUCAACAAGAUCGCCAGGUUCCUGGAGGGCCAAGGCCAUAAGGAACUCGCCCUUGAGGUGGCCACCGACCCCGAGCACAAGUUCGAUCUUGCGCUCUCGCUCAACCAGCUCGAUAUUGCCCUGGAACUGGCGCGGCAAGCCGACUCAGACCACAAGUGGAAGACGUUGGGCGACGCCGGUCUCGCGGCUUGGGAUGUUCCCCUCGCAACGGAGUGCUUCGUCAACGCAAAGGACCUCGGCUCUCUCCUUCUCGUCUACACUUCCACCUGCGACCGUGAGGGUUUAGCCAAGCUCGCCGAGCAGGCUUCGGAGGCGGGGGCGCACAAUGUCGCCUUCAGCUGCAGAUGGUCGCUGGGCGACGUUCCCGGGUGCAUUGACGUCCUUGUCAAGACCGGGCGAUUGGCUGAGGCGGUGCUGUUCUCACAGACGUACCAGCCCAGCUUGACUGCGGGGCUGGUUGCGCAGUGGAAGGAGAGUCUGGAGAAGAGCAAGAAGGGCCGGGUUGCCAAGGCGCUGGCCGUGCCGGGUGAGGAUGAGGAGCUUUUCCCUGAGUGGGAGGAGUGGUUGCGGUUGGAGAAGGAGGGUCCUGCGGAUAUUGAGGAUGCCGAUGCUGGCGAGGCCAAUGGCGAGGAGGAUAAGGACGAGGACGCUGAAGAGGACGAGGACGCUGAAGAGGAAGAGGACGAUGCGUAGUCUGACCCUGUGUGGAGGCAGGCAACGGGUUGAUGUGGCUAGCGGCGUCUCGGGAUUCCGAUAUUUUGGUGGGGAGAGCAGAGACGGAAAAAGGAUCUGUACUUGUCCAGCAGAAAAUGACACUGUUAUGCAUGUUGAAGCUCCUGAA